AUGGAAACCACGAGUAUCGCCGAAUGCCGAGAAAUAUGCCGAAAAAAUCCUCUUUGCCGUUCAUUUGAAACUAAACCGAAGUGCUUACCUUGUGGAGAACACUACUGCUAUCUCUCAAGUGCAAACUUUCCAGAAUAUGAAAUCUACCCAAAUUAUGCUGGAUGGGACCUUUAUAUAUUGAAUCCGAUUCCUUAUACCUGCGCCAAAAUAAAGAAAUGCUCUUUCAUCAGAACGGACACGGAAAUCAAUAUUUCCCCAAGAACUUUGAAUGGCCAAAACGUGUCUGUUUUCUGUGAGGGAAUGUCGACUGAUUUUCCGAAAGAAUACAUCACACUGAGGAAACCAACUUAUUUCGAAGUGCCUUUGAUAAGUAAUACAACAUCCUGCCUUAGUUUCGGAGAGAAUGGAAGAAGGCGUUAUAACAAAGUGCGAUUCCUGCCAGAGGAAAUGGUUCUGGACCUCAAUGAUAAAAAAUUCACUACGUAUGAACCAUUUCCCCACGGAAAAAAAAUGUGUCUUUCUAAGCAAAACUUUACGAUCGAUCUGAGACACACAGAGUUUAUUAUCAGUGAAAAGGCAAAUUGGGUAACUUCCGGCGUUUCCGCUAACAUCACUUCAUCCCAAAUAUCCAAAGAUAAGCAAGUGGCUGUCAUCAGUUGCAGUGGUAAAUGUGGAAUCUGUAAAAGCAUCAGCCCGUUUCCAGUAAUUCUCUUAUUUAAUUUUUAA